CUUCAGAAUAGUAGUGACUUAACUCAAAAAUCUAAGAAAUUGAGUUACGGUCAUAGAGGGUCACUAAAAGGUACGCACUUUUAGGUGAAUAAUAAAGAAGCGGCGUUUUUAUGUUAGAAUAAAGAUUACGAUACUUCGGUCUCUUUCACACUGCCUACCUCUACCCGCGCCGCUCGGAUCGGUAACGACGCAAUUAGUGAUGCAUCAAACAAGUCGUCGCAAGUUUAUUAGUGAACUGACCUAAAACGUAAUAAGUCACUUGUGUACUGAACAAACAGGUAAGUAAACUUCUCAAUCUUCAGUAUAAGAGAGACUCUUUUUUAUAUUAGGUCUUUUUAUUACCGAUUUUGAUUUUUACAUAUAGGACUAAUUGUAAUUAGGUCCCUUUAAUACUUAAAACUAAGAAUAGUGACAAGGACUAAACAGAAUUGAGCCCCUUUUAAAAUAAAACCAAGGACUUCAAUACAUUUUACAUCAAAAUGUGUCAUUACUACACUAAUUUGCCGACAAAUAAAUGAGCUAUUUCAUUAAAUGAGUCCUUAUAAUUAUAUAAUGUGGGUGUUUUUAUGUUCUGUAAUAAGAUUUAGGACUCUGUAUUUCCUAAAUACCGAAUACUUAAACUAUAUUAGUAGACCUGUUUGUUUCAGAUAAGAAUAAAAAUGAAGAGAAGAGCAGACUUAAUAUUUGAGAAAUUACAAAUAAUGGUGGACGUAGUACCAUGCAAUUACAAAAAUGAUAAAAUUAAUAAAGAGAACAUUCCUCAUUCUAUUGAGCAAAGAAAACGAAAGUUGACUCAGAAUGAGUAUGAAAGCGAUACCUCUCGGCCAUCUAGUUCAUCAAUAAUAGAAGGCACACCUGAAAAAAGAGUGCUGUUAUCAAAUCAUGCACACGAACUUUGCGAUGGCAAAAGAAACAUACCUAGGGUUGGUUUCUCAUUACGGAAAUCAUUAUUUAAUGCCAUGAAAUAAAUUGCAUACUCACUUAUUUGAUAACCUACGAAAACGUCUACGAAAUCCCAACAAUUGGAAACAAAUUGUUGCAAAAACUUUGUGAAAUACUGGGAAAGAAUAUGUUUCUAACACUAAAUCUAUAAAAAUUGUUCCUGCUCGUUCAAUAAAAGAUCCAUGUACCAGCAAAUGUAGAGUCAAAUGUGUCGAUAACAUAAAUGAGAUCGAUAGAAAUCUAUUAUUUAAAAAAUAUUGGGCACUAGGAAACGUAGAAUUACAGAGAUCUUUUGUUAGAAAUUGCAUGAUAGAAGUAAAACCAAAAUAUAAAUACACAAAUGCAGCUAGACCAAGACAGCCUAAUAAUGCAUUAUAUUUUACAGUUAAUGAUACUAAAAUUAGAGUUUGCAAAACUUUUUUUAUAAACACGUUAGGUAUAUGUGACAGGCAAAUAAGAACUGUUAAAAAGAAGACAGAUGCGCAAGGUUUCAUAGAGAAAGAUAACCGAGGUAAAAACCAGAAUAGAAAAAGGAUAGAACCAGCAAUCCUACAAGAUAUAAAGAACCACAUUAAUUGGAUACCAAGGAUU